CUGGCAGUGACAUUUCAGGAACCACUUCUCUUUUUGUGGUUGGAGUAAUAAGAGCUGCAGCCUCACUGAAUUAUGGCGACAUGUGAAAUUGUGGUAAGAGAGGCAAGCAUGUGCAUCUUUCGUGCUUUAAAGUGGCUAUUUGAAACAGUCCUUUGGGUGGCACUGUAUCCUUGGAAAAAGACAGCAACACGUCCAGAAAGUGUGAACUAUCACUUUACAAGGCAGUGCAACUACCAAUGUGGAUUCUGCUUUCACACUGCCAAAACAAGCUUUGUCCUGCCUCUAGAUGAUGCUAAAAGAGGACUACUGAUGCUGAAAGAAGCAGGGAUGUGUAAGAUAAACUUUAGUGGCGGAGAGCCUUUCAUUCACCAGAAAGGCGAAUAUGUUGGAGAGCUUGUCAGGUAUUGUAAAGAGGAAUUGCAGUUGGAGAGUGUGACAAUUGUUAGCAAUGGUAGCCUCAUUAAAGAAGAAUGGUUUCAAAAAUAUGGUAGGUAUUUGGACAUACUUGCUAUAUCAUGUGACAGCUUCAACGAAGACACUAACUACACUAUUGGUAGAAGGCAAGGUAACAAGAGCCACCUUAGUACAUUGAAGCCGAUCGAAGGAUGGUGCAGAGCGUACAGAGUUGCCUUCAAGAUUAAUACAGUUGUAAAUAUACACAACUGGGAAGAAGACAUGAGCAGCGAAAUAUUGGAGCUGAAUCCUGUCCGUUGGAAGGUAUUUCAGUGUUUACUGAUUGGAGGAGAGAAUGUUGGACCAGAUGCCAAGCGUAAUGCCGAGUCCUUUGUGAUAUUGGACCAUCAAUUUCAGAGUUUUCUUAAAAGGCAUCAAAAUGUUAAGCAGUUGGUUCCAGAAUCGAAUUCCAUGAUGAGGGAUUCCUAUCUCAUCCUUGAUGAAUAUAUGAGGUUUCUUGAUUGUACCAAAGGCCGGAAGGAUCCAUCAAAGUCGAUUCUUGAUGUCGGUGUAGCUAAUGCUUUGAAAUUUAGCGGUUUUGAUGAAGCAAUGUUUUUGAAAAGAGGAGGAAAGUAUACUUGGAGUAAAAGAGACAUGAAAUUAGAAUGGUGAAUGUUAAGUGAAGUUUCACUUGUGUUUUAACAUUAUUGUCAUUUAUUAUGAUUAUAGUUUUAAACCAUGAAAAUAUAAUGUUAUUGAAAAGAUCUAUAAUAGUUAUUGAAGUUUGAAAUUGGAUAA